UUUUCUUACGUCGCCAAAUAAAUCAGUCCGUGUUCGCGGCGACUCUUUUUUUCCGAAAUCGAAUCGCCGAAUCGCACUCGACGUUGUGAAUUUUUGUGAAUUGAAUAAUUAAUAACUAUUUGCCUGCCGGUGAAUAAAAGUCGAUUUGAUUGGCCGCCAGUAAAAAUCCGCGAGGGACAGCUGGAAGCGACGAACAAAACGGGACACACCAUGAAACUCGUGCUCUUAUUGAGCGCCCUGCUGGCGGGGAUCGCCCUUUCCCAGGGAGCCGCCGUGAUGUCCGUGGAUCUGGGCACCGAGUGGAUGAAGGUGGGCGUCGUCUCGCCCGGCGUGCCCAUGGAAAUCGCCCUGAACCGCGAGUCCAAGCGCAAGACCCCAGCCAUCCUGGCCUUCCGCGAUGGUGUGCGAACCAUUGGCGAGGAUGCCCAGACCAUUGGCAUCAAGGAUCCCAACUCGGCGUAUGGUUAUCUUUUGGAUCUGCUGGGCAAGACGGUGGAUAAUCCCAUUGUGGAUUUGUAUAAGAAACGCUUUCCAUACUACAACAUUGUGGGCGAUCCGGAGCGCAAUACCGUGGUCUUCCGCAAGAGCGAUACCGAAGAGUUCUCCGUGGAGGAGCUGGUGGCCCAGAUGCUGGUCAAGGCCAAACAAUUUGCCCAGGAAUCCGUACAGCAGCCCAUUACCGAGUGCGUUCUGACCGUGCCCGGCUAUUUUGGUCAAGCCGAAAGGGAGGCCCUGUUGUCGGCGGCCCAAUUGGCCAAUCUGAAGGUGCUCCAACUGAUCAACGACUAUGCGGCGGUGGCCCUUAACUACGGUGUCUUCCAUCGUGGCGAAAUCAACGAAACGGCUCAGUAUUUCCUCUUCUACGACAUGGGCGCCUAUAAGACCUCGGCCGCUGUGGUCAGCUAUCAGUUGGUGAAGGACAAACAGACCAAGGAGAUUAAUCCUGUGGUCCAGGUCCUCGGCGUUGGCUAUGAUCGCACCCUGGGUGGCCUAGAGAUCCAGUUGAGACUGCGUGACUAUCUGGCCCAGGAGUUUAAUGCACUGAAAAAGACCAAAACCGAUGUGACCAAACACCCCAAGGCGCUGGCCAAACUUUUCAAGGAGGCGGGUCGCCUAAAGAAUGUUCUGUCUGCCAAUACAGAGUUCUUUGCCCAAAUCGAGAAUCUGCUGGAGGACAUUGACUUUAAGCUGACCGUUUCCCGCGAGAAGUUGGAGCAGAUCUGCGAGGAUCUUUGGCCCAGGGCCACCAAGCCACUGGAACAGGCCUUGGCUUCGUCGCACCUCAGUUUGGAUGUGAUCAACCAGGUGAUAUUGUUCGGAGGCGGCACUCGAGUCCCACGUGUCCAGGAGACCAUCAAGGCUCUCAUUAAGCAGGAACUGGGCAAAAAUCUGAAUGCCGAUGAGUCGGCCACCAUGGGUGCCGUUUAUAAGGCAGCCGACCUAUCCGCCGGCUUCAAAGUCAAGAAAUUUGUGGUCAAGGACGCCACGCUGCUGCCCCUGCAAGUCUCCUUUGAGCGGGAUCCGGGCGAUGGUGCUGCCGUCAAGCAGGUGAAACGUGUCCUGUUCGCCCUGAUGAACCCCUAUCCCCAGAAGAAGGUCAUCACCUUCAACAAGCACACGGACGACUUUGAGUUCUAUGUGAACUACGCCGAUUUGGAUCGUUAUAGCAAGGAAGAGAUCGCCGCUUUGGGCAGCUUGAAUGUGACCAAGGUGCAACUGAAGCAGGUUAAGGAACUGCUGGAGAAAUCAAAGAAGGAACUGGUGGACAACAAGGGCAUCAAGGCCUACUUCUACCUAGAUGACUCUGGCAUUUUCCGCUGCACAGGCGUGGAGUAUGUUUACGAAAAGCAAAAGCCCGAGGAAGAUGCGGAUGAAGACAGCACGUUGUCCAAGUUGGGCAGCACUUUGAGUAAGCUGUUCGCCAAGGAAGGUGAGGAGGAGAAGAAGGAGGACUCGGAGCAGGGAGAGGAGCCAUCCAAUGCUGGUGACGACUCGACCAAAACGGAAGAGGCUGAGAAGGCCAAGGAGGAGGCCAGCAGCAAGGAGCAAAAGUCUGAGGAGAACGGCAAGCAGGAGGCUGAGGCCAAAAACGACACCAUUAAGCUGGUGACUGUCAAGUCCCCGGUGAACUAUGAAUCCCAAACGCAGUUCACUCUUCCUCUGGCCGGUUCGGGUUAUGAGAGCUCGGUGGCCAAACUGGCUGCCAUCAACAAGGCUGAGGAGCAACGUGUCCGCUUGGAGUCCGCCUUUAAUGCCCUCGAAGCCCACAUCAUUGAGGUGCAACAGAAAUUGGACGAAGAUUCGUAUGCCAAGUGCGCCACCGCCGAGGAGAAGGAGAAACUCCUGGCCGAAUGCAGCACCUUGGGUGAAUGGCUGUACGAGGAUCUGGAGGAUCCCAAGGCGGAAAUCUACGAGGAAAAACUGGCGCAGCUGAAAAAGCUCUCUAACGUCUUUUUGGCCCGUCACUGGGAGCACGAGGAGCGACCGGAGGCCAUUAAGGCCCUCAAGGGCAUGAUUGAUGGCGCCGAAAAGUUCCUCAUCACCGGACGCAAUCUCACCAAAGACACCAAUCCCGAAAAGGACGUCUUCACCCAGGUGGAAAUCGAAACGUUGGACAAAGUUAUAACCGAGACCAACGCUUGGCUGAAAACGGAGACGGCAGCCCAGAAGAAGCUGGCCAAGAACGCAGAUAUCCGGCUGACUGUCAAGGAUAUCACAGACAAGAUGAGCCUGCUGGAUCGCGAGGUCAAGUACUUGGUUAACAAGAUUAAGAUCUGGAAGCCCAAGGUGAAGCCGGCUGCUGAAAAGGAUAAGAAGAAGGAGGAGGAGGUGGUGGCCUCUGGCAGUGGCGAUGGCACCAAGGCGGAGGAGGAUGCAGAGGCCAAGGCCGAGGAACAGCAGGAACAGCCGGAAAAGGAGCAGCAGGAGCCUGUGGAGGAGAUAACUCCCACGCCCACAGAGGAGGAGGAGGCCAAGACACCGCACAGUGAGCUCUAAGGAGCCGGACUACGAGGACUGGAGGAUUAAGAGCAUCCGGAGCAGCAUAAAGCCAAGUGCCUGUCUUAGGAUUCGAAGGAGGAUUCAAAUCUGGGGGUUACACAGGGGGAAAAAGACGGCAAAUGGCCACGAAUCGGGGGCGUCUUAAUUUCUAUUAAUUUUUUUUAGCUAAAGUCGGGGUUAAAUUAUGCUACUUCUAAUCUAAAACAAAAAAAAACAAAAACGACACACAAAAUAAUGUAAACCGUAACUAAAUGUAAAAACCAUUUUCCAUUUCCAUACCAUUCCGCAUAGGAAAUACAAGACUUGAAGAAGUACUCACACGACCCCUAUAUAUAUCCACUAUAUCUUAUUGAUCUAUUGUAGCGAAAGUAGCAAAACGAAUUGGGCGGGGAGCCGAGUUAAGAUCGUAAUAAAUCUGAAAUCGUCAAGAACGAAAGAGAAGCUAA